AAAAAAAAAAAAAAAAAAAAAAAGGAGCAGGACACUUUUCCUUGCCGUCUUUAUCCGUUGGCGCGAGUUCUGAGAGAUCUGUCAUUGUCUGAUUCGUCGUGGCCAUACUUACCAACAAUACAAUACCGAAAAAGACAAAAAAAAAAACAUCGACAUGGUGACUGCUCGCAGACCUAACAUUUACAAAUCUGCUUGAUUGGACUUUCGUCACAUAGGUUGCCUACAUACCUUAUAUAUACCUUAUACUUUAUUGGCACAAGUCGCAACCGUCCCCGCAGUACUACUUUCCCACGGCCUUGGGAGGGUCCACCUACAUCCGACCAGAUGGCGCCGUUCGGCAAGAAUAGCAGCGGCAGCUCCGCUCCGAUAAACCUCGGAAGUGCGCCUCGCCGGGUCCGCCUGCUGCUGACGCUUGCCGCCUCCCUCUGCGUUUUUUACUACUUUCUCCUGCCGUCAGACACUCGACGCCUUGGCGGCUUCGACAGCAAGCAACCUCCCGCCUCCUCGGGUGAGAGCGGCAACAGCCACCCCAAUGGGGCUUUUGCCGAUGGUGACAUUCUCAAAUUCGUUGAUCCCUUGAUCGGCACUGUUAACGGCGGCCAUGUCUUCCCUGGGGCUACUCUCCCCUACGGCAUGGUAAAGGCCGUGGCCGACACGGAUAGCCACGCAGAGAAUGCCGCAGGGUUCGUGAGCGACAACAGCAAGAUCAUUGGGUUUUCGCACCUUCACGACUCGGGCACAGGAGGAAACCCCUCGCUCGGCAACUUCCCCCUCUGGGUCCAUCCCGGCUGCCCCAACGACGACUUCACCAAGUGCAGCUUCCCCACGAGUAGCCGCGGCGUGGGUCGCGUCAACGGCUCGGCUCGCGCCACGCCCGGCUACUUCUCCAUCGAGCUGGAAAACUCGGUCCGAGCCGAGAUGACGACCACGGAGCGCGCGGCUCUUUACCGCUUCUCGUUCCCGGACGGCGGUAGUGGUGGCAGCAAGCGCUGGUCGAUCACGCCUGAAGGCAAGCGCGUCGCCGUGCCCUUCAGCCCGCUCGUCCUCCUUGAUCUGACUGACCUGGCCAACACCCGAGUCGGGGGCGGCACGCAGGUGUACGCCGAUGAAGGCUCGUCGGUUGCGCGCAUGGUCGGCGACGGCAAGUUCUCGCCUUCGUUUGGGACUGGUGACUAUCGCGCCUACGUCUGCGCCGACGUGCGCGGGGCCAAGAUCCGGAGGUAUGGCACCUUCAAUGGCCCGAAUUCAGCAGAGGAGCCCAAGUUCCUCGACUCGGUAGAGUCGAGGAUAUCGGCAGGCUCGUGGGUGCAGUUCGACCGGCCUGCCGGCGGAGGGACCAUCGUCGCGCGUGUCGGCAUGUCCUUCAUGUCGGUCGACCAGGCGUGCGCAAACGCCGAGGCCGAAAUACCGACGUUUGACUUCGACGGCACCUUUCGCGCGGCGCAGACCUCGUGGCGGGAGAAGCUCUCCGUCGUCGAGGUGGACGCGACAGGUGUGGACGAGGACAUGCAGACGACAUUUUGGUCCGGCCUGUACCGGAGCCUGAUCUCGCCGCAGAACUAUACAGGCGAGAACCCGCUGUGGAACAGCUCCGAGCCGUAUUACGACUCCUUUUACUGCAUAUGGGACUCGUUCCGGGCGCAACACCCCUUGCUGACCAUCAUCGACCCGAUCGCGCAGACGGAAAUGGUGCGCGCGCUGCUCGACAUUUAUCGCCACGUUGGAAAGCUGCCAGACUGCCGCAUGAGCUUCUCCAAGGGGUACAGCCAGGGCGGGUCCAACGCCGACGUGGUCAUCGUCGACGCCUAUGUCAAAAAGCUGCGUGACGACAUCGACUGGGCCACAGCCUACGAAGCCGUCGUUUCCGACGCCGAGGACGAGCCGCCGUCGUGGGGCGUCGAGGGCCGCGGGAACCUUGAAUCCUAUCACCGGCUAGGCUACAUACCGGUGGACGACGUCGACACGAAAGGCACGGGCCCGUCCAGUAGGCAGAUCUCGCGACUGGUCGAGUACGCAUACGAAGACUUUUGCAUCUCGCUCCUGGCAAAGGCGCUCGGCCACCACAAAGACGCAGAAAAGUACCACAAGCGAGGCGGCAACUGGAAGAACAUCUGGCGCGAGGAUCAUGCCGACAUCAUGCGGGAGGUGCACGCCGGCGACCUGACCCUCAGUCCCUUCACGGGCUUCAUGCAGCCCAAGACGGUGGACGGCACGUGGAAGUACCACAACGUGCGGCUGUGCAGCCCCAAGACGGCCUUUCACUCGUGCUACUUUGACACAGUCCACUCGACCUACGAGGGCAGCUCGUGGCUGUACAGCUUCUUCGUGCCGCAGGACAUGGCCGAGCUGGUGCAGCGCAUGGGCGGGCCCGAGACCUUUGUCAAGCGCCUCGAGUACUGGCACGAGGAGGUGGCGUACAUGGGCAACGAGCAGGCCUUUCUGCCCGUGUUCCAGUUCCACUACGGCGGCAGGCCCGACCUGAGCUCGUACUGGGCCCAUCGCUACGUCCCGAGCCAGUUCAACGCGAGUAUCAACGGUAUCCCUGGUAAUGAUGAUUCCUCCAUGGGUGCCUUUGCCGCCAUGGUCUUUAUGGGAUUCUUCCCCGUCGCCGGCCAGGAUGUGUACCUAAUCACGCCCCCUUUCUUCCGCGAGGUAAGAAUCCAGGCGACCGGCCCCGAGGCUAAGCGGGCCGGGCGAAAAGCGGUUAUCCGGGUUCGCAACUUUGACCCGACAUAUGAGAAGAAGUACAUUGAGAGUACCACGUUGAAUGGGCGGUCUUAUACAAAAAAUUGGAUCACGCACGACUUCUUUCGAGAAGGUGGUGUGCUCGAGCUUACUGUGAGCCAGAAGCCGACAGGUGCUUGGGGGACGGGCAAAGGCGACUUGCCGCCCAGUUAUCCAGUGGGUAAGCGUGAUGAUAUCACCGAUCCCUCAACGUUACCGAGAACGGCGGCUCUUGAUAUAGGAGGGCGACCUUUGCCUCAUCGUGGACGUUAGACUUUAGCAUGCAACAGACAAGCCAAUACAAAUAGAUGACAUUAGACGCAUAACAAAACCAAAAUCCAGUUAUGGCUUAGUGAGACAGGCGUUAGCUUCACACCAUGAUUGCAUUACAGAUUAGUCUGUGGCAUCUGUGGCUUCUCCAUUGGCAUUAUCUUCAUCUUCGUCGUCAUCGUCGUCGUCGUCGUCAUCUCCGUCUUCUGGCAUCACAAUUGAGUUGAGGUGCGCAAUCU